GCACACACGCACACACACACAGCUCCAUCUACUGCUCCAGCACAGGCUCAGCUCAGCUCCACAUGCAGGGCUCCGAACAGGAACAGCAGUAACAGACUUCGCCCAGCUGCUGAGUGUUGAGCCUGAGGAGGGAAGCGGUUUGUCUCUCAGUCUGGAGGUUUGGUGUUGAGUGAGAAUGGAGAUGAAGGAGAGAGAGGACAGGACAGACAGGCAGGGAGCCACACUGCUGGGAACAGCACGACCACUGCAGCAGUCCAGGUGUUCAGCUACCAGAAGCAAAAUCACCAUCACUGGGGUUAUUCUGGUCACACUACUGGCUGUAAUCCUAGCAGUCGUAUUCAUCUUGAAGCCACACUAUGAUGUAAAAGGUCAACUAUGGACAUGCUCCAGCUUCCGUUGUGGUGAGGAGAGGUUACCCAGCAGCCUUUGCUCUUGUGCUGCAGAUUGUGAUCAAAAAGGCGAUUGCUGUACAAAUUACUACAGAGUGUGUAAAGGAGAAAAGGCGUGGCUAGAAGACGAAUGUGAUGAUAUCAAGACACCGCAGUGCCCUGAAAGUUUUUCCAAACCACCACUAAUUCUGAUAUCACUGGAUGGCUUCAGAGCAGAGUACUUGAACGUUUAUGAAGACCAGCUUCCAACCAUCAGGAAGCUAAGAAAAUGUGGAACUUCUACAAAAUAUAUGCGUCCUGCUUAUCCUACAAAAACGUUUCCCAAUCAUUACACCAUCGUAACAGGUCUGUAUCCAGAGUCACAUGGGAUUGUGGACAAUAAGAUGUAUGAUAUUUACCACAAUGCCACCUUCAGUUUGAAAGGAAAUGAGAAGUUUCAAGCUUUUUGGUACCAUGGUGAACCAGUAUGGCUCACUGCCAUGAACAACCACCUUAAAUCUGGGACAUUCUUCUGGCCUGGAUCAGAUGUCAAUAUUAAAGGACGUUUUCCAAAUUUGUAUAAAAAGUAUAAUGGGAGUACUCCAUUUGAAAAGCGAGUGAUGACAAUUUUUAAAUGGUUGAGAUUGCCACAGAGUGAAAGGCCAGACUUUUACACAUUAUAUUUGGAAGAGCCUGAUAGAUCUGGACAUAAACAUGGACCACUGAGCAGCGAGGUGUUUGAAGCUCUGUUGAAAGUUGACGGGAUUAUGCAAUCGGUAAUGGAUGGUCUCAAGCAGCGAAAACUCCAUAAGUGUGUCAACCUGGUUCUUCUGUCAGAUCAUGGAAUGGAGGAAGCUUCAUGCGAAAAAGCUGUGUAUGUGUCAUCGUACCUGGACAACACUGAUGAUUUCAUAGUCAUCCAGGGCCCUGCUGCACGAGUCCGACCCAAACGCCUUCCGGAAGACUUUUUCACUUUCAAGUAUGAAGAGCUGGUGAAGAAUCUGUCGUGCAGAGCUCCUGAUCAGCCGAUGAAGCCUUAUCUAAAAGAGCACCUUCCUAAACGACUCCAUUUUGCUAACAACGUCCGUAUAGAAAGAGCGCAUCUCUACAUGAAAUCUCAGUGGCAAGCGGCCCUCAAGCCAAAUGAAAUCAAGUACUGCAGUGGUGGGUUCCACGGUUCUGAUAAUGUCUUCACAAACAUGCAGGGCAUUUUCAUAGGAUAUGGACCAGGAAUGAAGUAUAAAACAACUGUAGCUCCCUUUGAAAACAUAGAAGUGUAUAACCUCCUAUGUGAUUUGUUGGCAAUUCCCCCUGCCCCUAACAAUGGCACUCAUGGGAGUCUCAACCAUCUACUGAGGAACCCACCUUAUCAUCCAGUGCACCCUCCUGAGAUCUCUUCAGCCUCCAUCUGCUCCAGCAUUGUUCGGGCUCCGGAUGAUGAACAUGGCUGCUUCUGCAGGUUCCACAACAAAUCCGAGGAGGAAUAUCUCAACCACCGUCUGAUUAGUUCAGACCCAACGGCCAAACAUCUUCACCUGCCAUAUGGAGUUCCACGAGUUCUACACGAGAAAGCAGACUACUGCAUCCUUCACCAUUCUUCCUACAUCAGUGGAUACAGCAAAGACAUCCUCAUGCCUCUCUGGGUUGCAUACAGUCUAGAACCACUGUCAGGUGUGCAACCUCUAAGUUCCUCACAGGAAGAGUGUGUUCGUGCUGAUGUGCGUAUUCCAGCUGAAGCAAGUCAGUCCUGCCACUCCUACAAGGACAACCACACUCUGACAUACGGAUUUCUCCAUCCCCCCUAUUUGGCUUCAUAUGGAACUGAGUCGGACUCACAGAUCACAAGUAACAUGACACCAAUGUUUACAAUCUUCAAAGGGAUUUGGGAUUAUUUCCACAAUGUUCUUGUGGUAAAAUAUUCAAAAAGUCUGAAUGGUGUAAAUGUCGUGAGUGGACCAAUAUUUGAUAAAGACUUUGAUGGAAAAUAUGACGUCAUGAAACGGAAGACAAAGAGUAAGGCACCUGUACCCACUCAUUUCUUUGUGAUUCUGACGAGUUGUAAGGACUUGUCUGCAGCUCUACAGAAGUGUGAUGGUCCGCUUGAGACGGUGUCUUUUAUUCUGCCUCACCGGCCAGAUAACAUGGAGACUUGUCACAAUGGGAGUGAAUAUUCUUGGGUUCAGGACUGGACUCAACUUCAUGUUGCACGGAUACGAGAUAUCGAACUUCUAACAGGCCUGAGUUUUUAUCCUAAACUUUUACCUGUUGAAGAUGCAUUACAACUUAAAACCUUUUUGAAAUCUUUUUAGUAUUUAAUUCUAGUAACUAUACAAGGACCUCAUGUUGUGACUGAGUCUGAAUGAGCAACUACUGUAUAAAGACCUGCCUUAAACUCAGUACCAAAGAAAUUCAGACAGAGAGGCUUUAUAACCUUUAUGCAAAUGAUUGCAUCACAAAUGCUUCUUUGGAAAAAAUAUUGUUUAUACUUUUUAAAAUAUUAAUUAAUAUGUAUUUUUAAAAUAUCUAUUAUUCUUUUAAUAUAAGUGCAGGUAAAAUUAUAUUUACAUAUAGACAAAGUAGCUUUACUAUGUAUUCAUGUGUGUUAUGUUUUUAAUUUAUACAUUUCUGUGUUGUUGAUCUCAAUAAAAUGCAGAAUCAAAGAAAUUAAA